AUGAUAAAAAUUGAUUUAAUUGUUAUUGGUAAUCUAGGGUCUGAUUCAUUGACUGAUGCUCCAUUUUAACACAAUUAUCUUCCAACACUUGGCUUGAAUCUAGUCAAGAAGGAAUUCGACCAUCAAGGACAACAAAUCAAAUUAUGCAUAUGGGAUACAGCUGGAUAGGAUAAAUAUUUUAGUCUCACAAAAAGUUAUUUUUAAAGAGCUGACGGAGUCAUUAUGGUAUUUGACAUUGCAGAUAAAGACAGUUUCAAUCGUAUUAGCGAUUAUUGGAUUAAGCAAGUCUAAGAAUGUUCGAAAGCGAACUCGUAAUCUAUUCUGGUUGGCAAUAAAGUAGAUUUGUGCGAAAAACGAUAAGUCAAAUUCCUUGAAGCCUAGGAGUUUUCAUAGAAAUACAAAUUGCCUUAUUUUGAAGUCAGUGCAAAGACUGGAGAAGGAGUGCAAGAGGCAUUUAACUUUAUAUCGCGAAGAUGUACGGAAUGCAUAGAAACUGAAGUGAAUGAAGUCCAACAUUUAUAAAUCGAUUCUGAAAAUAGACCUACAGGAUUUCAAGGAUGUGUUAACACUAUUAUGAGCAUUUGGAAGAAAUGA